UCACACAAAUUUGACUUUUUCCAGGAAUUUCGCUCACAGCCCAUGCUAGCCAUUUUCUUCAUUUGUAACAUCGAAAAUACAGUGUAAUCCUCCUCUAUUAUGUCGCUUUCGAACUUUAAUCUGCAGGCCAAGGUCCUGCUGCACCCUCUGGUGCUGUUCCAGAUUAUCGAUGCCUACGAGCGUCGCGCCAAAGACGUCCCAGAGGUGCUGGGAACUUUGUUGGGCACCGUCGCGGGCAAAACAGGCCGCAUAGAGAUCACCAAUUGCUUCAGCGUGGUGCACCGCAUGCACGGGGACAACAACUGCCACAUCGACCUAGAUCUGAAGUACGACAACGAUAUGCUGGAGCUGGCGCAGAUCGCCUAUCCGCAGGAGAAGGUUGUGGGCUGGUUCAGCACCGGCAAGGCCGUCUCGGCCGCAGCAGUGGAGCUGCACGAAUACUACGCGCGUCAGUGCCACAGCGGGCAGCCGCUGCAUCUGCUGAUGGACACCUCGCUGCGGGGCCAGCGCAUGAACACGCGCAUCUUCUGUCCCGUAGCGACGGGCGUGCCAGGGGGCACCAAGGGCCUGAUGUUCUCGCUGCUGCCGAUGGAUAUCUACUUCGGAUCGCCGGAUAUUGUGGCCAUGCGCCACAUGGGGAGGCAGUGCGCACAGCCGCCCAAGGAGGCGGGCCGCCUAUUGCCAGAAUUCGUGCAAGUGGUGGACGCCACCAAGGACAUCCAGCAGAAGCUCGAUCUGGUGCUGCGCUACAUCAACGAUAUCCUCAACCGCAAGCGUCGCCCCGACAACACCGUGGGCCGUGCCCUGCACGAUGUUUUGACCUCGGUGCCGAUGGUGGAGGCGGAGCGCUUCCGUCACAUGCUCAACAACAAUAUGCGCGACGUCCUCAUGUCGAUGACACUCUCCUCGAUGAUCAAGACCCAGCUGCAGCUCAGCGAACGGCUAUCCAAUAUGGUGGAUGCUUAGGCUCUGAAAAUCCGAUCUCAAUUAAUCAAUAAAGCGCCGUUUUUCGGGGAGGGCUAUCCCGGCCGACACGUACUGCACUGCCAGCGAUGAGGUUCGGUUCACAUGUGUGGAGGCCAAGAAUGAAGAUCUUGUGGAAAGUUUUUGUAUACCCUUGUAUUUUAUUGUUCAUAUGUUUGCAGAGGAGUUUCUUUAGAUUUGUACAUAAAACACUCUGCAGAAGCUUAGCCUUUCAAGGCUCGAAUAUCACAAAGAAGGAUCACUUACAUAUAAUCUA